AUGGCAAGAGGGGAGGCACCACCAACCCCACGCCCGUCCCCAACCCCGUCCACCCACCUGGGCCACGAGCCGCCGCCGCAGCCCCCCAGCCGACACGGCACGCCACAGGGCCCCCAGCGGCCCACCAAGCCCAGGAGGCUGGCUCCCGCGGGCGUGGCCCCGUCCACUGGAGCAACCCGCCGCAGGGCGGGAGAAGCACCAGGGCCCCGAUCAACCCCCGCCCCAGACCACCCACGGCGCAACCGCAAUCGCACACCCCUCCCCCCGCCGCCCGAGCACCCACCCCGCACCCCGGGCAGGCGCUGCGCCAAACGCCAGAGACCAGGGGAUGUCCACCUCACCAGCAAGGAACAGCAAGCCCCGCCCAGGGCCCUGCAGGCCCCACGAGGCCCCGCCGACGACCCUGCUGGCAGGAGGGUAGCGGCAGCCGCGGCGGCCCAGGGGGGCAAACAGGGCCGGAGACAGACUAAGGGGACAGAGGCGCAACCCCCCCAGCCCACCCCCGGGCCAGGAGGGACGCGCGGUAUGACACCCGGGGGCACCUCCCCGGUAUCCGGUAUAAGGAGAUGCGGCUCUGGCCGGGCCGUCCCAGGAGGGAACUAUGGCCGCCGCACACACCACCGAACCCCCGCCCCACUCCACCCCAACCCAGCCGGCCGGGGAAGGGACACGGCCCCCGACUGGCACUCGCACGGCACACCCCCCCGCCCGCGAGACCAGCGCGUGCCCGACAGGAUCCACGCACGACCAGACGUUCUAAGACAAGCCCCAGCUGAAAACCCCGGGACCGGGACCAGGACCAGCGACGGGACGGCACAGGGCAGGACGCCAACAAACCACCUGUGA